AUGAGCGCCAGCAGCGAACCGGAGCGCGAGCAUGCCCUCGACGGCUACAAGGGGAAGCUUCUGGAGUCGCGCGAGUGGGAGGCAAAGCUCAAGGCGCUGCGGUUAGAGAUCAAGGGCCUGCAGCACGACUUUGACGUAUCCGAGGACAACAUCAAGGCCCUGCAGAGCGUCGGCCAGAUCAUAGGCGAGGUCCUGAAGCAGCUGGACGAGGAGCGGUUCAUCGUCAAAGCCUCGUCGGGCCCCAGAUACGUCGUCGGAUGCCGGUCAAAGGUCGACAAGGUGAAGCUGAAGCAGGGAACCCGCGUCGCCCUCGACAUGACGACCCUCACCAUCAUGCGCAUGCUGCCCCGCGAAGUCGACCCGCUCGUCUACAACAUGUCUCUCGAGGACCCCGGCCAGGUCAGCUUUGGCGGUAUUGGUGGUCUGAACGAGCAGAUCCGAGAGCUGCGAGAAGUCAUCGAGCUGCCGCUGAAGAACCCCGAGCUGUUCCUGAGAGUAGGCAUCAAGCCACCCAAGGGCGUUCUGCUUUACGGGCCGCCUGGUACCGGAAAGACGCUGCUGGCGCGAGCUGUGGCGAGCAGUCUGGAGACAAACUUCCUCAAGGUUGUGUCCUCGGCCAUUGUCGACAAGUACAUUGGAGAGUCAGCGCGUCUCAUUCGCGAGAUGUUCGGCUACGCAAAGGAGCACGAGCCCUGCAUCAUCUUCAUGGACGAGAUCGACGCCAUCGGUGGACGACGAUUCUCAGAAGGCACAUCCGCAGAUCGCGAGAUCCAGCGUACACUAAUGGAGCUGCUGAACCAGCUGGACGGCUUCGACUACCUCGGACAGACCAAGAUCAUCAUGGCGACAAAUCGACCCGACACUCUCGACCCCGCUCUCCUACGUGCCGGACGUCUGGACAGGAAAAUUGAAAUCCCCCUCCCCAACGAAGCCGGCCGUCUGGAAGUCAUGAAGAUCCACUCCGCGGGCGUGCAGACCGAGGGCGAGAUUGACUUUGAGAGCAUUGUCAAGAUGAGCGACGGCUUCAAUGGUGCUGAUCUGCGGAACAUCGUCACAGAGGCGGGUCUCUUCGCUAUCAAGGACUACAGAGACGCAAUCAACCAGGACGACUUCAACAAGGCCGUGCGGAAGAUGGCCGAGUCGAAGAAAUUGGAAGGCAAGCUCGAGUACCAGAAGUUGUAA